UGCAUCGGUUUCCAUUCCGUUCCAAACCACGAGACACGUCGCACGUCACAAUGGGCAAAGAGGAGAUGAUUAAAGGUGUGCUGUAUGUUGUGAAUGUGUUAUACGCGGUGUUCGGUUUAGUGACUGCUGCCACGGGAAUAUGGUUCUUCGUGCAACUAUCUGAAUUCGUAGCGUUGCGAAACAGCAACCACUACUUAUUGGACUAUCGAGUUUACUGGCCUCAAGUGGCACCAUGGCUGUUUAUACUCCUGGGUUUAUUUGUGAUGAUGGUGUCAUUCUGUGGAUGGUGCGGCGCUAACAAGGAAAGCAGAGGCUUACUCGGUAUUUAUGGCUUAUUUAUGGUGCUCAUCGUUGUUGGACAAGCAAUUGCUGCCACUCUGAUUUUCGUGUAUGUCGAUGGAGAGCAUACAGACCGUUUCAUCAAGGACACAGUGUACGAUGGAUAUUACAACUCUCAGUCAAACCCUGAUGUCUUCAAGGCCUUUGGAAGGAUUGAAAGGAAAUUGAGAUGCUGUGGGGCAAACGAUGCGCGUGAUUACAGGAGCUGGAGAAACGACCUUCCAUUGACGUGUUGCCAGGACAGCUAUUACAGGGCUACUUGUGAAUUCACCGAUAAGGAAGCUAAUGAGAGACUGGGUUGUGCUAAGGUGGCUGCUGUAUACACUAAAAUUAUCAGUUCAUCCGUUGCUGGAGCGUCGCUGUUGAUAUCAUUGGUGGAGAUCGCUGGUGUGAUUCUUGCCUACAAACUAUUUCAUUCGCUGAGAGAAGUCGAGCACUAUUUGCCGGAACGAAAAGAGGGGGAAACUGAAUGCUAAGUGAGGUGAUGGAGGCAAUAUGGAUGGGUCAGGAAAGGCUUCAAUAGGUAUGAAAUGACCUUCAACAGUUGUGCCAUAGGACUGGUUUUGUGUAGCUAAUAUCAAAGGUUUUCCAAUCUCGAUAUUUCAAUGCAUAAUGCAUUGUGGGAAAUCAAUUUGUGUUCAUUUGUCAUAUGUGAAAUUUUUCCGCUCCAGUCCUCUACCGACAUCUUACUGCUAGGUAUAUAUAGAAUUGAUUCGUCUGUCGCCUCAUUGCCUUUAGAUUAACCGAAUUUUUUUAUAGUAAAAAUCCACCGAUUGUGUCGAGUCGAGCCGAGCCUGAGGCACUUUUCUUUUGGAAAUCGGCUCUAUCACGGCUUUAGAUGGCUUUCUUAGUUGAACCGAGAGGAGACAAAACACAUAACAUGUUCGUAAUUAUAUGUAUACCUUUAUUUUGCCUCGAAAUUAUUGUAUGAGUUCAUUUUGUUCCUUGUGAGUCACUGUCAGGGUGACCUGCUACUGUUCGAAUCAAGACAUGUUUUUCUCGUAACCAAAUUAUCCAAUUGAAAUAUUGAAUACAGAAUAUUCAAUGACAAAUAAAGUGGGAGUUUUUAAGCAAUUAUUGUUAUCUCCAUCUCCUCUCGGUACUAUUAUGAAAGCUUUAAGGGGCUAAAAUUCGUUUCCUUGGUUAAGGAAUACUAGAAAUCUUUACCCCAUGUAGUGUAAGACAUUCCAAAUUAUGUUACCAUAUUUAAAGUAUUAUGUUAUAUUAAGUUUGGCAGCCUCAUCAACACAUACUGCCGUUUUUAUAAAUUAAACAUAGUAUGCGAAUGAUUAUAUUUUAAUGUUAUUAUUACUUGUAUUGUAAAACGUGUAAGACGUGCCGAAUGUGGACACAAUUUCUUGUAAGUUACAUAAUAUUAGUUACUUGUAAAGGAAUGUGCUUCCAGAUCGAAGUCUUAAUAAACUAUCAUGUAAUAAACUUGAUUUAACAUUUUAUAGAAUCAUACUAUUUAAAUUGUUAUUAUUUCCAAUGAUUAAAUAAUUUAAAGUGAAAAUAUUAUCUAUAACGGGUGUUAUUUAAUCAAAAUUCUCAUGUAAUUGUCACUUUUAGAUAUUAGGGUCAAUUUGGCGGGUCAUAGGCCAUGUGAGGAUCUUGAGUGGGUUUAAUAAACUCCUUCCUACUUAAGAUCUGAUUCAUUACCUGACGCACUGUUAAAUGUGAACUCAAUAUAACAAACAUAAACUUUAUACAUAUGCCCAUAUAACUAUAUACUGCAAUUAACGCACAAUAAUAAUAUUCAACUAAGUUACCUGUAUUUUGAAAAUGAGAAUUUAGGUCAAACUCCAAUGCAUACAUCGAUCAAAGCGACAGUGAUCAUUGAUGUUACACAAUGCUUGUUCAUGGAUAACAACUUUAGGAGGCCCCGUGUGAAGCGACCUCAAAACAGUUAUAGCAUAAACUAAAAUUCGGUAUUCAAUACUUCUUUGUGUUUCACAACGCUCUUCGGCGCGUCCUACAUAAUGCAGACGACAAGUGUUAUGUAAUUCCGUCCUAAUGAUUGCUAAAUAACUUAUUUGAACAAUUUUUGUAUCGUUAAGUAUAUAUUAUAGAAUUUAUUACACAAUGUGCCCACAGGUCAGAGAUCUAGAGAUGAUUCGAAAACACUAGAAUGUAUCCAACAGUUUUCAUUGUUUCUAGGGUCUAGGCUUAUAGGCGCCUUAUUUAUCCAUAUGUUAAAAAAAUAAAUAUAUUUUUAUGAGUCUCGAAGACUUCUCCGUUAUCGCCAUAAUAAUAGGUUUUCUACAAUAUGCCAAAGAAAUGUUUAUGUACAAAAUCCAUAUUCAUUUUUGAGUUUUUGCAUGCAAUAAUAUGUAAUCAUAAGUUAUAACAUCACUUUAUAUGUAAGUUAUUUUUAUAUUUUUGAUACAUUAAGUUGAAACUAGUCUUAAGUUCUAUGUAAUAAAGUUUCAAUAUAUAUUUUCGAAUCUCA